AUGUCAAGCGCAGUCAAGCGCCGCAGGUUGCAGUGGAGGUGAAGUUGAUGACGCUGACAGGAUGUCCCCCCCGCAGGCAAGACCGUCCCAUUUCACACAGCGCUCGGUUCAGCCUAUGCGGUUUUUUAGGCGGACCAGGUCUGGCGUGAAGGCUGGGGGCUACAAGGAUGCAGCCCAGCGACAUUGAGACACAGCUAUACAGUGGGAACCUGCUGUCGCUGCGGACCACAAGCAGCGCAGACGGCUACCGCGUACGAAUCACCAACCAGCGAGGAUACCACAUUUAACAUGACACCGGAAGCACUCUGUUGCGGGGAACCUGCUUGACAACGCUGAAGCUUUGAAGGGAUGACGUCGGGAAAAACUGCUCCCGUCUUUGAUUCCCGCCACGUGUAUGCGCGUAACGUCAGCUAUUCGUUCACCCCCACCCAAAUGCGUUUUUGGGUGCACUGCAGAUAGGACGAAUUGCUUGAAUUGAUUCCGUGGGGAUGAAGAUACAGUGACGAAGAGCAACAUUUUACUCGAGUAUCACCAGUACGCCCUACAGCAUGAUGAAGGAACGGACAGAUGCUCCUCAGGACCGGGGCUGCCUGGUGGGGAUCUGUUUCUUCAUUCUGGGCCUGGGCACGUUGCUGCCAUGGAACUUCUUCAUGACGGCCCUAUUGUAUUUCCAGGGUCGCCUAAAUACAACAGAAUGGAGUAACGGCACAGCGGUGGUCCGCACGGAGUACUACUUCAACAACUGGAUGACCCUUCUGUCCCAGCUGCCCCUGCUGGUGUUCACCCUGCUCAACUCCUUCCUCUACCAGAGGAUAUCGGAGACAGUGCGCAUCGCAGGGAGUUUGGUUUUUAUCCUGCUGCUCUUCAUUCUCACAACGGUGCUGGUCAAAGUGCCCAUGGACGAAGACCGCUUCUUCUCUGUCACCAUGGCAACCAUCUGGUUCAUCAACUCGUUCGGCGCCGUGCUGCAGGGGAGUCUCUUCGGCCUGGUGGGUCUUCUCCCUCAGAAAUUCAGCGCCAUUUUCAUGAGCGGCCAGGGCCUCGCCGGGACCUUCGCUGCCAUCGCCAUGCUGCUUGCCAUAGCCAGUGGCACAGACUCUGAGACAGCAGCGCUGGUUUACUUCAUCACGCCAUGUGUGGGGACGCUAGUCACGCUCUUCAGCUACCUGCUGCUGCCACGCCUGGAGUUUGCUCAGUACUAUCUGGACAAAAGGCACCAGUAUGAGGCAGACACCACGGACGAGUUGCUGAAAGAGAGCAGCAUAGUGGAGAACAGCAAGCCGACUGGCCACGCUAACGGCUCAGCAACCAGCAGCCCAACCAAGGGGGGUGUAGCAGCGGAGGCCGAGGUGGACCCCGGUCCACAGGGCCCAAAGAAGGCCUUUCUGUCCUUGGAGCAGGUCGAGAAGGGACAAGCUAAGGCCUCGGUCCUUGAGGUCUUCAAAAAGAUCUGGGUGAUGGCGUUCUGUGUGACCUUUGUGUUCACCGUCACUUUGUCCGUCUUCCCUGCUGUCACAGCAGAUGUCAGGACCUCAUGUCCAGGAAAUUGGGACCGCUACUUUAUCUCCGUGUGCUGCUUCCUGGUGUUCAACAUCAACGACUGGUUCGGUCGGACCGUCACUACCUUGAUACAUUGGCCUCGCAAAGAGUCCCGCCUGUUCCCGGCGCUCGUGAUCUCCCGGGUGGUGUUUGUCCCCCUGCUGAUGCUCUGCAACGUCCAGAGUCGCUCCUUCCUCCCCGUCGUCUUCCACCACGACGCUGCUUUCACCGUCAUCAUGGCCCUCUUCUCUCUGUCCAGUGGCUACUUCGUAUGUCUGUCCAUGUCCUACGCGCCGCAGCUGGUGGAGCAGAAGGAUGCAGAGACAGCAGGGGCCUUGAUGACUUUCUUCUUGGCCCUGGGCCUGUCCUUAGGAGCCGCCCUGUCCUUCCCUCUGCGGGCUCUAGUCUAGGCGCACGCGCACACACACACACAGAGAGUGUGUGAGUGAGAGAACCUCCAUGAUGCUGUGAAAACGGGAUCCUGAAGUGUCCGUUAUUGACCGACAAUGGUCCCUCUGGAAGAAGCGACUAGGGAAAUACUGUUUUUGCUCUGAAUUAAUACUGGCCAAUGUUUGAGAUUUUUUAUGUUGACAUAUUAUUCUCCAUUUUUAGAUCUAUUUAUGUGUAGGUUUCUGUGCAUUAUGAUACUUUUUUUAUUUUAUCCUAUUGAUGGUUAGGAAUUAUUAUAUUUGUAGUAUGAUUUACAUUAGGUAUCUGAAUGUAUUUUUCUUCCUAGGUUUGUUUUGUAUUUUCUAAUGAAAUAGCUCUGUUACAUAUAUUGGAACAAAAGAAAAAGGUUAAAGACCAGGCUCAUUGGGAUUUAUGUUCUGCUAAAGGAGUCAACUGAGAACAGGCUCAAGACCCCAAGGGGUCAGGGGUCCUUAAUUUAAAAUGACAAUUGUAGGAAAAUCAAAUUACAGUGCAAAGAGUGACCACAAAAAUAAUCCAAAUGACCAUAGAGCGAGCGACCACCACAAAGUGACCGAGGAGAGACAAAAUCACUAAGUAGUUUUGUGUUUACAACUUUUUUUCCUAAAAAACAAUUCUGCAUGGUGUUAUUUGUCCACUUUAUUGAGACAUGAUGUGAACUUCUCUGGUUUGCUGACGCAAAGUUGCAGCAUCACUUGUGUCUCUCCAGCAGUGAGGCUCUUUAUGCCAUCUACUGGUGAUAAGACGGGAGCUCUUCAGAGCUUUCAUCCUUUCAUUUCCUUCUGAUAUGGUACAAAUGCACACAGGAAAAGGUUGAUCCAAUGCAGUUUGACACCUGCAGAUCCAGGUCACGAUCUUCUAAUGACAUGAAGCUGUGACGUAACUCUUCUCAGUACAAGAAAAUAGAUUUAAGCCUUCAAACUUCUAAGGAUACUAGACGUGAUGUAGUUGUAAGCGGUAAAGUGGAAAUAGUCCAAUGUUAUUGUUCAUUUAAGAUUUUUUACAUUUCUAACAAUGUGCCAUAUUUAAAUUGCAUAAUGUGUUUUGUUGUUCGUUUUUAUAUUGGCCAAUUAGCUUUUGGAUCUGUUUUAUUAAGCUUAAGUGCUCGAUUACAUCGAUUUAUAUGCUUAGUGUUCAUUUACAGGAGUGAAUCUGUCAACACAGCGAUUCACAAGGUUUACUGAACAAAGGAAGCGUGAUGUUACAGCUGGUGCUUCAAAGGCAUCAAUAGGACGAGUCCUGACGAAGGGAGCGAUGGCAAACAUACGGGACUUGUUUUGUGCUUCAAGCAGGGAUUUUUCAAUGGGUACUGGACCAUUUGUUAUUUGACCAAAUGGUUUACAGCAGACUUAUUUCCUACAGCAUGUAGCAUGACAGCAGCACCAGACAGGGAUUCCCAUUUCCUCUCUACUUCUACAGCUGCUGUUUAAAGGUUGUGGGUUUGGGUGGUUCUCAUGCGGUGCAUAGCCGCUGUAUAAAGCUGUAUAACAAUGAGGAACCUGCUUUAAAGGGUUAAUACUGGGUUCCUACUGAUGGUGGUAAUUAGGACAGCAGCACACCUUCAGA